CUCCCUUUUUUACUAGCUCUCCACUUCAUUUUCUUUCCCCAAAAUUCGAACUCAAAAAAUCAACAUCAUCUCUUUUCCCUUUUGCAUUCAGUAUCUCAAAAACCCUAAUUAUUUCUUCCCCUUGUACAACCUUUGAUUUUUCUUUUAUUUCCCUUGAGAUAAAUUUUGUACUCGCUAAAUCUACACUUUCCCAGGAAAAUUCCGUCAGGAAAGUUCAUUUCUAGAUUUUUAUUAUAUAUAAUUUUUCUAUGGAUUCAAAUCUGUUCUUCCCAUUUGAUUCUUCUUGCUUCUUGUUUUUAUUGCAAAAUCUUUACCAGUACUUCCAAAUCGAAUACACCCAGUUGGAAAUUUGAUUUCUUUUUUUCCUCCGAAACAAACCCUGUUUUUUAAUUUUUUUUUUUAAUGGACCCAAAUCAGCCAGUUCUCGAUAUCAGUUCAGACGAGGAGCCGCCAUUGGACGAGCCAAAACGGGCUGAUUCUGACUUGUCGUCGGAAUUUCUCUUCGACGAUCCUGAUGAGGUCAUGUUUGUGCGUGAGGUCAAACCCAGCAAGAGGUCGAAACCGAAAAGUAGGGAUGUCGAUGAUGAUGAUGAUGAUGAGUUAGUCGUUUUGGAUGGUGACCCAGAUAAACCUCUGGAGGUUGCUAAUGAGGGGGACGGCGGAGGAGAUGAGUUGAUGGUUGUGGGACAAAAGGGGGAGAUUGCAUGCAGAGAUUUACCCCAUUCACGGCACCUUUGUGCUAACUUCAAGUUCAGUUCCACCCCACAUGAAAAGCACUGUGAACUGUGCCAUUGUUUUGUCUGUGACACACGUGCGCCAUGCUUGUAUUGGGGCUCAGGCACAUCUAGUGCUGACCAUUGCCAUGCUACUGAUAAAGAAGAGAGAUGGAACUCUUUACGGAAAAAAAUGAGGCUCUCAAAAGAUGCUCGUGUACCAGUUUCAGACUUCCAUGUAGCAUCUCUUCCUAUGGCAGCAGCCCAACUCAAUAAUGCUCCAUGUGACAUUAUCCGAUUGCCACUUCACUCCACUCCACAGAAUCAAGUCACAAUGCCAAUUGCACAGAACCAAAUGAGGCCAGAUUUUCAUAAUCAAUUAUCAAUGCUAAUGCUACAGAACCGAGUCUCUAGGACAAAUGUACAGAAUCAAUUCUCAAGGCCAGUGCGGCAGAAUCAAGUCUCGAGAGGAAUCCCACAGAAUCAAGUCUUAAGGCCAAAUUUACAGAAUCGAGUCUCAAGGCCAAUCCUGCAGAAUCAAGUCUCUAGGCCAAAUUUACAGAAUCAAGUCUCAAGACCAAUCAUGCAGAAUCAAGUCUCACGGCCAAUGGUACAGAAUCAAGGCUCAAGGCCAAUUAAGAACCCUCUUGGAAACUCCAUACUGCAGAGUCAGUUCUCAAGGCCAUCCAUAAUCCGUACUUGCUCUUCCUCCAAUAGAAAUAACACUCCAAGUAAUAUAAGCCAGCCUAGAAGUCAACAAUCCCAACAAAUAUCAGAAUUAGGCUCAAACAGGAUCCAUUUGCCGUCACUUCCACGUUCACAGCAUUUGCUUGGUCCAUGUAAUACUGCCAUCAGAAAGGAUCGAGGUCAUGGUAUUAAUAGGGGUUCACAGUUUAUCUCUUCCAAUACAGUAACUGAAAGGGUGAAUAGUGGAGUGGCUGCAGCGGUGAACCAAACUGCAUGUGGUUCAUCGGAAAGCAUUGCUCCUAUUUACACAGCACAGCAUGCACAAAAUUCUGCUGCAGUUGCUACAGAAAAUGACAGGAAUCCCAUUGGAUGGCAGAACUUUGGUUCUGGUACAAAUCUGGAGACAGUUAUGCUUCAGAGCUCCUUGCAGCCUAAUAUGGGCAGUACCUACACACAUACAACACCUUCCCAGCCUGCACUAUAUAGUCAGCCUAUUCCUCAAUCAAAUGGUGAUCAAUGUAUCAAUCAGUUUGGGAGUUGUUUUCAACCUGCAACAAACGGUUCUACAGAUUUUGACUUUGGAUUGGUUAGCGGUAUCAGCCAAAGUGUUCAGCAAUCUCCCAUUACCAAUGUUCAGCAGCAAACCACAAAUGAACUAUCAAUCAAGGAUUUGGAUGAUUGUACUAGAUUCCUUUUUGAUGACAACCUUCCUUUUCCUGACUCUGACUUCCUCUUUUUCGGGAACCAAUCUUUCCCAGUGGUUCAAGAUGGUUGCAUGUCUCCAGAACCUCCAGAGGCUGUAUCUUUUGAUGCUGGUAUGAGAUUAUUUGAUUUUGAACCCCUUCGUAUGGCCUGACACAUGCAUAGCUGAUGAACAUUGCUUGUACAUUCUUGGUAGUAGUAUGCUGGUUCUUGUGGCUUGCAACCUGGCAUUUGUAGGGAGAGAUAGGUUGCUGGCAUAUAGGUUGAGUUUUAACUGUUAUCAUAGAAAGGUCCAUGCAUGAUAGUUUAGAGCUUUAGGCUAAGGAUGUAAAUGGAAAAGGGCUGAAAGAUGUAUAGGGACUGGCUGUUUCUCUUCUCAUUUUCAAAUUGAUAUAUGAACCCAUUUGAAAUCAUUUCAGAUGAUUGUGGCUAUCUUGGUUUCUUUAUGACGACGUCUUGUUUGAUAAAUUGGAGAUACCUCUCCAAAAAUUUCAGACCGUCUUGCUUUGGUAUAACAGGAUGGUUUGGUUUAUCAUUUUUUCAGAUGGAACAUUUGAACCUGGCAACCUAUUUACUACAUACCAUUCAGUUUGCCGGUAACAGGUCUGUUAUCUCUCUGUGUGUGUAUAUAUAUAUAUAUAUCCAAAUAGUCAAGAUGUAUUUUUUGUUAGUUUUACUGUAAUUUGAUUAGAGGUGAAAGAUGUGUUGCUUGGCAGACGAAUAAAAAUAAUAAUAGCAA